GAUACCGCGCGCUGUGCGGCGGCGAGCGAGAGCAGCUCGUGUACGUACCACGAUGACGGUGCCCGUGUUUUCGGCGCUGUACAGGCGCAUUAUCGGCUUCUGUGACCCCCGCGUGCCGACCCGACUUCGACCCCUGUGGGAGCACCCUUGCGGACCGAAGACGGUCUUCUUCUGGUCACCUUUACAGAAAUGGUGCCUGGUGUUAGCAGGCCUGUCCGACACGCUUACACGACCUCCUGAGAAGAUGAGCAUCAGCCAGGCCGGCUCACUCGCCUGCACCGGCUACAUUUGGGCCAGGUACUCGCUGGUCAUCAUACCGAAAAACUGGAGCCUGUUCGCCGUUAACUUCUUUGUCGGUCUAUCGGGCACCUUUCAGCUGGCCAAGGUGAUAAGGUACCAGAUGUCGUUGAAGAACGCUCCGGCGGCAGCCCCGGCGGCCAACUGAUUGUACGUCCCGACCGGACCCGCUGGCGGUCCGCUGCCAGUGCGGCAGCCUCGGUCGGGUCCAGCCACCCGCUGGCGCCCCGACCGGACCCACUGGCGGCCCGCUGCCAGUGCGGCAGCCUCGGUCGGGUCCAGCCACCCGCUGGCGUCCCGACCGGACCCACUGGACGGUCCGCUGCCAGUGCGGCAGCCUCGGUCGGGUCCAGCCACCCGCUGGCGCCCCGACCGGACCCACUAGCGGCCCGCUGCCAGUGCGGCAGACUCGGUCGGGUCCAGCCACCCGCUGGCGCCCCGACCGGGCCCGCUGACGCCCGCUAUCAGAGCGGCAGCCUCUGUUGGGUCAGCCGGCGUCCCGAGCGGCCCGCGAAGCCCGGCCGCCCCGUUCUCGACCGUAUAGCCAAACCGGGCGUGUGUCCUACAAACGGCUGCUGACAAAUAGGUGUCUGGAUUGAAGUUCCCUUAACACAAUUUUUCAUUUGGGCAUGGCAUGUUUUUUCGUAGUACUAUGUCGCAAUGUCCUGACAACGACCAAACCCACCUACAGUCCGGUUAGCUACAUGGAAUGACAGCCAGCAAAAUAACACCGAAUAGUGCAGAUCGAUUAAACUCGUUUCGUUAAGUGAGCAUGUGUGUCGUGCGAACACUCCUGUGCACCAAUGUGCAUGCGUAUAAUGUGGUUGUUCCAAGCGGUCUAUUGAUCGCAAUAGCUGGAACUGGGUGCAUAGCGUGCAUGUAAUAAAGAUGUCGGGCUUCUACCAGCGCAGCCGAUUAGGUCGUAAAUGUAGGCGCAAUAAACUGCUGGACGCAUGAAA